AUGUUUUACCAAAUCAGCAUUUAUUUCAUUUUAACUCCGAAAACUGAUAUCAGCGAAGAGUUGACAAAUGACUUAAAUGUAAAACAAAUCAUUAAUGUUAUUACUUCUUUUGUUUUUCCCUUCCUCCUCUUUUCAUACUGCUCACCCUUUUCAUCACCUACCCUUUCCUCAUCGUUCAUUUUCCUCAUUUUCUCUCCUCUUCAUCCUCCCUCAUCUUUUUCUCAUCUUCUUCUCUUUCUCUCUUCCCUUCUCAUCCUUCCUUAUCUCUUUUCCUCAUCUCCCCCUCUUUCUCUCCUCCCUUCUCAUUCUUCCUUAUCUCUUUUUCUUAUCUUCCCCUCUUUCUCUCCUCCCUUCUCAUUCUCCUUCAUUUCUUCUUCCCCUAUUUUUCUCCUCCCUUCUCCUCCUCCUCCAUCUCUUUUUUGUCAUCUCCUCUCUUCUCAUCCUAAUCCAUCUCUUUUUUCUCAUCUCCCCCUCUUUCUCUCCUCCCUUCUCAUCCACCUCCAUCUCUUUUUUCUCAUCUCCCCCUCUUUCUCUCCUCCCUUCUCAUCUUCCUCCAUCUCUUUUUCUCAUCUUUUUCUCCUCCCUUAUCUUUCUUCGACCCUUUUCCUCAUAUUCCCUCAUUCUCUCCUCCCUUCUCAAGUCUUUUUCUCAUCAUCUUUUUCUCUCCUCCCUUCUCGUUUUCCCUCAUUUCCCCUCUUUCUCACCCCCAUUUCUUUUUUUAGCAUUGAUUUUUGUAUAGUUUCAAUUGAACUUUUUAGUACCCAUUUUUUAAAAUAUUCCUUUUCUAUGGCAUUCCACUCAUUUCUUCCCCUUCCCCACUUUACCGCAUUCCUGAAGCCGACUCCAUUUUCCCUUCACCCACUUUAUCCUUAA